AUGCUGAAUUUCACACUUGUUCUCCUAAGCUCUCUCAUUAUCCUUGAUGUGCAGGGAGUACUCGUCAAUUCUGAAAGUAUCAGACGUUCGGUGUGCCUUCUCGAGGAUGCACCAAGUCAAUGUGGCGCAUUCUGUCUGUAUGCACUUCAACCGCUCUUUGACGAUAAUCAACAGAUCUGUACCAGGUUGGAUGGAAUCGAAGCGGAGCUCCAGGGUAGACUUAACCGGACGGAAGAACAACUGCAGUUGCUCCAGGCAAAAAUGGAAGAUCUGCUUCUGGUGCUAAAGGACGGCAUGCAGGUGCUCCUGGCCAAAAUGGCGUCACAACAAGUAGACCCUCUUAAUACGGAUUUGGCUCCGAUCAAAAACGGAGGGGAACUUGCAGCCAUCUCGGCGCAGCUAAAGGAAAAUGCUUCUUACUGGCUUGACUUCAACGAUCAGGCCGAGAAGGGCAAGUGUUAA